AUGUUGAGUAAAGACCAGUGCCCUCAAUCUGAAUAUGAUAUCAAUGCCAUGAAGAAAGUUCCCUAUGCUAAUGCUAUUGGAUCUGUGAUGUACUUGAUGGUUAGCACUAAGCCUGAUAUUGUCUAUGCUGUGUCUUGCUUGAGUAGAUACAUAUCUAAUCCUGGUCCUGUUCAUUGGGAGGCUUUGAAAUGGUUGUUGAGAUAUCUUAAAAAUACUGCAAAGUAUGGUUUGUGCUAUUCUAGAUGUGAAGAAGGUGUUAAAUUGACUGGAUUUGUUGAUUCCAAUUAUGCUAAUGAUAGAGAUAAGAGGAAGUCCACCACCUCCUAUGUCUUUACUGUAUGCAGAUCAUGUAUAAGUUGGAAAUCACAGUUGCAACAUAUAGUGGCUCUGUCCACUACUGAAUCUGAGUACAUUGCCAUUACUAAGGCAAUGAAAGAGGCUGUCUGGUUGAAGGGAGUACUUUCUUAA